AUGGCGACGGAGAAAGUUCUUAGCUGGUGGUGGUGUACUGCGACCGAUACGUUCACCUUCAAGAUAUCUCCGAGAAUCAACGCCGAGCUACUGCAAGGCGGCAUCGUUCCAACGAAAAGACAAAUUCUAAGUACGCUAAUGACGAUCUACGAUCCACUGGGUUUUCUGGCGCACUUCCUAGUGUUCCUGAAGAUAUUGCAGCAGGAAAUCUGGCGGAAUGGUACGCUGUUGAAGGAGUCUAUCGUUGGCGGACCUCUAACGCAAGAGGAAUUUGAGAAGGCAGAGCUCUUCAUCCUCCAGUCGGUGCAAGAUUCGAAGUUCGAUAAAGAAAAAGCCCUGCUGCUGAAGCCGAAACCGUUAGCCUGGAAGAACGUGUUGCCGAAGAGUAGUUCGUUGUACAAACUUAGCCCAUUCAUCGAUGGAGAUGGACUGUUGCGAAUUAAAGAUCGCAUAGAUGAAUGCGCACAUGUGGAGGAGUGCACAAAGCAUCCAAUCCUGUUGUCCAAGCAACAUCCGGUCACGGACCUUAUCAUAGCCAGUAUCCAUCAGAAGCUCUGUCCCAUGAAUCAUCAGACAAUGCUCAACGAGAUCCGGCGCAGAUUCUACGUUCCAGGACUGAAAUCGGCCUACAAUCGUGUUCGAGAACGAUUCCAGCUCUGCAAGCUCCGUCCGAAGCCCCGGAGAUGUCUGGUCUACCGUUCGGGCGUUUGCAAGCCUUCUGUCGUCCUUUCUGCUACGUUGGCAUCGACUACUUCGGGCCAAUGCACGUUGUUGUCGAGGUACCCCAGUGCAGAUAGCGAUCGCGGCGCCAACUUCAUCGGAGCUAGUCGCGAGCUGAAGGAAGCCUUACAGCAAGUGAACCAGGACAAACUGAUGGAAUAUUUCGUCACACCUGAUACGAAAUGGUCGUUCAACCCGCCCGCAUCACCACAUUUUGGCGGAGUCUGGGAACGCCUCGUUCAAUCCGUGAAGAAAGCCUUGAAGCACCUCCAAGUCACCCGCACAUCCACUGACGAAAUACUAAGAAACACACUCACUGAAAUCGAGCUUAUUAUCAACUCCCGACCUCUGACCGAAUUACCGCUUAACGAUGAGUUUUUACAAGCGCUCACUCCGAAUGAUCUCUUGAUGGGUUCGUCAGACGGUUCAAAGCCCCCGAUCGCGAACGACGACAGCAGCUGCGCCGUGAAGCACACCUGGAAGAUGUCCCAGGUUUAUACCAACCGAUUUUGGCGUCGUUGGAUAGCUGAGUUCCUGCCCACACUUACACGGAAGACGAAGUGGUUCAACCGAGCCAAACCGAUCGCCGAAGGAGAUAUCGUUGUCAUUGUAGACGACAUUUCCGGCUCAAACAAAAAAGUUUUGUGA